CAUAGAGUUCGUCACGUGUCACUGCUGUCAUGUCUUCUUACGUAAAACACAGACAGUGCUUUACGACAUUACUGAUCAUCAGUGCUAUAUUGGUUAUGGGUAACAUCACUAAAUUAAACGCAAGUCCGACAGAGAGGCAGCUUUACUACGAAGUUAUUAAACCAGCAGUUUCUUUAGAUACAGGACCAGGAAAUAUGCAGCAAAAUAUGUACGACGUUCCGCGCAAGAGGGCGGCCAUAGCAUUCGACAAGCUCAUGUACGCGCUGAAGAAAGCACUCGACUCGCCGGGCCAGGACCGGCCGAUGGCGCUACGCGGCCCACCAGGGAACAGAAACUUUCUCAGUACUGGGGUUGACAGACGAGGGCAACCCACAGACAAUCGACUGUACUGGCGCUGCUACUUUAACGCGGUGUCUUGCUUCUGAAUCUAAAGGAACAGCGAACUCUUAGACAACGCUUGGGGAUUUUUACUUUGGACUGCUUACUUUGACGUAAGCAGGCCAGCAAACUUCUUUAUACGCCUGAGUGAAAGACGCGGACUGAGCGAGUGAGGAGAGGAGUCAAGGUGUUAUGAGAGAGAGGUGACGAAACAUGUUAUGUGACGAAGGUGACAUGCUACAUAACUGACAAAAAAUAUGAAAUAAUGAAGGUUAUAUACUAUUUACAGUAUAACGAAAAAAUAUGAUUUAACAUACUUAUCGUAUUAAGGACGUAAAGCUGUAGCACUGACGAAAUAUAUUUCUAAUAUGCAGGGUGCUAUGAUAUAGGGUGGGCGAAACAUAUUUAUCCUAUGAUGCAUGUUAAGCUAUAGCUUAUUAACCUUUAAACUAUGAAAUUAUUCUCACGGCAAGUAUGAAGACUUGAAACAGACGGCAGUAAUAUUUUAACUGUUUUGAUCUAACACUCUAAUUGUGUUUCCCCAAUAAAUCUUGUUAUUGACAUAAGAUAGAGCUCGUAGAAAUCAAAAGGUUUUAAUACAAGAGUUUACGUGAAAACUACAAUAAAGAUCUUAUAAAUUGAAGAUAUGAUGAAAUUUUGUUGAAAAAAGCAUAUCUUGAGAAUUACGAGAGCAAAAUUCACAAUGAAAUAAAUUAGUAGAGAAGAGUCGUGCAUUCAAGCAAGUUU